AUGUCGAUCUCGAGGAAACCCGAUGACUUCAAGCUGCUCGUCAGCGAUCAAUGUCGUAACAACAUCACGGCGGGCCGGGAAUCGAAAGUUGCCUACGAAAGUUUCCUGCACGUGACUCGUUCUGCUCAUGGCCUGCACCUGUUAUACGAGACUACACGCGGUGAGCAUCUGAAGGACAACGCGCUUUUGUCGACGAUAAAGAGUCUCCUAUCGUGCUCUAAAUCGCGCGCUGAUCGCUACCAAGCAUUGCUUGAAAACCAAGCUCUGCCUCCGAAGCCCGUGAUAACGCGCUGGGAAACGUUCGUCCUCACAGCGCUGCAUCACCACCGGAAUUUUAAUGAGAAUGAGACUCGAGUAUUCGCAUCGCAGAUUGAGGCGAGGGCAGCGGACAGUUAA